UUUCUUAGGAAAGGCUCACUCCAGUAUGGGUGCUUUCCAUUAAGUGACACUAGUUGACACAAACGUCAUUCUAGCCUUCUCAGCAUUUAGUGAGUAACAAAGACAAAACGACACUUGUCUCGGCUUGUGUCACUAGAUGGAAAGCACCUGUAUGUGUAUAUCUCACUGGUGGAGACAUAGCAGCGCCUUUGUCUGGAAACGUGAGCUAAUAGAAAGAGAGAAAAAUGAGAGAGCCAUCUUUAUACUUGUCUAAUGUUGCGCGCGCAUCGAUCGACAACCCAACCUAUUCCUGAUGAAUCUCAAAGUUUUCACAAGUGUCAAGCAAAGAGUUUAUAUAAGUAUCAAAAAUUGAGAAAUUAAAUAAGAAAAGUGCCGUGACAGAGAUAAUCAUGACAAAAACGUGUAUUAUUUGCAAAAAACAACCUAUUCCAUUUGAUGAAUCUCGAAGUUUUCACAAAUUUCCUGCUAACGUUGAAUUAAAAAAGAAGUGGAUGGAAGCUGUUGGUGUGACAACAAUUUCUAAGACAGCCACUGUAUGUAGCGAUCACUUCCAUAAUGAUUCAUUUCAUCAAACUGAUGGAUAUACAUUUUUGAGACGUUUAACAUCAACUGCUAUCCCUUUAAAUCAAAACGAUCAAUCUUCACCAUUAUUAUCUUCACCAAUCAACAAUGUAUCUACACAAGUACUUGACGACAUAAUAAAUCAAGAUAUGACAAAUGCUGAAAAUAAAUCAUUUUCAACAAGUACGAAUACUGGCUUUGAGACACAUGAUCAUUUAAGUUCUAGAAACAAUAUUAAAAGAAAAUCAUCUGCUGUCGACGUUUUUCCCAAAAAAUAUCGUUUUAUGAUCGGAUAUCAAUCAGAGUCUUUUUCAAAAGAGGACUUCAGUUCAAAUAAAGCGUGGGAUCGGUUUGUGAUAAUAAUGACUCAUCAAAAACGUAAAAAGUCUGCUUCCCAUAUGAACAUAGUUAGAAAAGAAAAAAAAAUUAAUGACAUGAAAGAAUUAAUUAAAAACAUGUAAGAAAAACAAUUUUUUAAAGCUGCUGAAUAUUUACAGGUAAAUUUGUAAUUAUAUAUUGCAAUUGUACAUACAUACAUUCCAAUUAAUCGCGUAUUAUGUAAUGGGUAAAUUCAUGUAAUUUUUUACUAUAAUACUUAAAUUGUAUAUAUUUACAUUUUAAACAGCUUUAAUAAAUUAAAUUGUUUAGAAACCUAAACUUCCUCAAAUCCAAAUAUGUUAACGUUAAUGCUUCUAUUUUUAAGUUUUAUUUAUUUAAGUAAUAAUACAAUUAUAAGAACUGUACACUUUAUAAAAAACAGUACAGUACAGUCAUGAAGCUGCGACAUUUUUUUCCGAUUAGUUUUUAUUAGUUGAUACAUUAUAAAACGAUUAUGGUUAGCUUAAAAUAUUAAAAACUUUUUUAAUUAUUAUUUCUUUUAUAAUAGGAAUUGCCUGAACACUUACAAGAAUUAAUAUUUCGUAUAAAAGAAAAGAAAAUUUACAACUGCGAAUCCUGCUCAGUUAAAAAAUUUUGCUAGAACCUUACAUUUUCACUCUCCAGCUGCUUACGAAUUUGUGAGAUGCAGUUAUCUCAAGUGUUUACCUUGCGUCAAAACACUCAAUAAUUGGUUGUUUUCAAAAAAUUAUGAACCAGGUAUUUCUGAAGAAUAUUAAUAUAAAACACGUGUCAAACAUAGUAAAGCAAGAACUUGAGACACACAAAAAAGCUUGUUUUUAACGUUACGUUUGAUGAGAUGAACAUCCACAAAUGGAAAGGUGUUGUCGACUUAGGUGGACAGUUGGAUGAAGUUGACAAUAACAAUAAACUUAAGAUAACUACUAAAGCAUUGAUUUUUAUGUUAGUUUGCAUUAAUAGGUCGUUUAAAACACGUACCCAAUCAGCACACAAUGUUUUAAAAAGUAU